GCUGACCGUUUGGGACUUAACGGUCAGUAGUGACGGCAACAUGGACGGUGUUAGGGGAGGGACGACAACGAACAAAAAAAGCCAAGUAGAGGGACGACGUUUUGGCUCUUUGGAGAGUAGAGGGACGACAACGAACAUGACCUUAGUAGAGGGACAAGAACGAAUAAAAUAUUAAAGUAGAGGGACGACAGUUGGCUUUAAACCUUUUAAAAAUAAAUCAUUUUCAAUAUU